GUCGCGUUCGCUUUGCCCUGCAGGCUAUGCUGUUCGCGUUUUGUCUACCGGCCAAACUUUUCACGUUUUGCCGACGGUUUAGUGUCUAUUUGUCGACCAUCGUUGGAGCUUAGCUCAAAAUGUCGUACUCCGUGAGCGAUGUCUUCCUUUCAUUUCAAGAACACUUGGACAGCGAGCAAGACUUUCGCGAGGAAAUCCGCCUGGCAGUGCGUGACCUAGAGCAGACAGCUCGUGGAAUUCUCACACUGCUGCAGGCCAUCCACCAGCAGGCUGGAAUUAACACCAUCCCUGAGGUGUGCAAGAAGAGCAAGGCACAGUUUGCCACCGUUCGGGAGCAGUACCAGGUGCUGAAGUCCAAGGUGCCUGAGGGGCAGUACUAUAGGUUCCAUGACCACUGGAGGUUUGUGACACAGAGGCUGUGCUUCCUUGUGGCCCUUACAAUCUACCUGGAGGAAGAGCGUCUUGUACAACGGGAACAGGUGGCUGAGAUGCUAGGCCUGUGCAUAGAGCAAGACAAGGGCUUCCACUUGGAUCUGGAUGACUACCUGAGUGGGCUGCUUAUGCUGGCUGAUGAGCUGAGCCGCUUCGCUGUGAACAGCGUGACAGCUGGAAACUACAGCUGGCCUCUGAAGAUCUCUGCAUUUGUGACUGAGAUGAACUUGGGUUUCCGGCUUCUCAACUUGAAGAAUGAUAACCUGCGCAAGAAAUUUGAUGCACUGAAGUAUGAUCUCAAGAAGGUUGAAGAAGUUGUCUAUGAUCUGUCGAUCCGAGGACUCAAGCCGUCAGGUGAUGCUGACUUAAUGCCCAAGAGUGGCUGAGUGUGUUCCAUCUCAUUCAGACCUGGCUACUGACUGCCUCAUCUUGUUCUGCUAUGUGUUUGCGAUCACAUUCUUGUUCAUUCAUUUAGUGGCAACGGAAGCCACUGAAUAAAAGGGUGAUCAUUGCUGUUGAUUGAA